UAGUCUUUAGGGUGCAUCUUGACAGAAUGCUGUCAAGAUUUGUUUUCAAAACAUCAGUUUUUCUAGUGUUCCAUUAGACAUGUCUCAGACUUACUGACCAGCCUCAGCAAGUCUCUCACCAGGAGAUUUUCCAACUCAUAUAACUGACAUUUCUAAUAGAUGCGCUAUUAAAAAGCAUGUAGGUAAAACUUCAUCAGUAUGAAAUGAUGUAAUGAAUUUUUUUCUUUUUCGUUUUCUUUCUUUCUUUCUUUUUUUUUUUUUCGUUUUUGCUCGAUCAUUUUUCUGCUCGUUGGCCAGAAGAAGGCGCCUGCGCACUGAAUGAGGAGGCGGAGAAAGGAUGCUGAUCUCUCUCUCUCGCUCUCUCUCUCUCUCUCUCUCUGACACACACGCACACACACUCUGCUGCCUCGCUGCUGCUGCUGCUACCUUCUGAAAUCACUCCAUCCUUAGACGUUAAGAUCAGAUCAGGUUUUACAAGAAUGUUUCUGGCGGAGAUGGGGAGACAGAUCUUCCGCUGCUACUGAAAAUCUGAUAUAAAUGCUGAACCAGAAGAGAGCCCUGGAAGCAGCAGCAGUAGCCGAAGCAGCAGUAGCAUCACUGAGGCUGCAGAUGCCCUCUCCAAGGUGUCCACCCCCCAGCCCUCAUCGGGAGAGCCAGGGCAGACAGAAGACAGCAACUGCUCUGACAGUUUACUAGAGUCCAGCUCUAGCGAAGAGGAGGACGUUGAAGGGGAAGAACAUCAGGCCAUGUUUUCUUCAAAAUUCCUUAGUGGGGCCAACCCCCUCAAUGCUGUAACCUCAGCAGUUAAUAAGUUUGGCUUAUUUGGAGAUGAUGAGCAGGGGGACAAAAAUCGGAAAACUCCUCCACAACAGAGAGGUAAACCACUGGAAAAAGAGAAGCCAAGAGCUGAUCCAGGUAAAGGUCCUCAACUACAGCAUGUAUCCCAAAAGUCAGGCCAGGAAAAGAGUGAAUCACUACCAAAUCACAGGUCAGCACAGGGGUGCGUGGGUGGACAGACUGAUAUUCCCAUCAAGGCUGGUGGACAGCAAGCCACUCAAAAGGCAGGUGGAAAGAUUGCAAUUCUGCCUAAAGAAGAGCAACCAAAAAAAUCCGUUAAGGUCCAAGACCAGGAAGGCUCUCCAAAACUAAUUCAGCAACAUGCAAUGUCAAAGAGUGGUAUAGAAAAAGAAUUUCCAAAAGUUUCACCAAAAACAGGUACACGACAACAAGGACCAGUUAAAACUGCUACACAACAGCAACAACCUAAGGUACAAGAAUAUACAACAGCUGGGCCACAGAAACCUGGAACAAUGAAAGGUUCGCCAGAAGUAAGCCAACAAAAGCAGAGUUCAUCAGAUGGACCAAAACAAAAAGGGUCCCCAAAGGUUUUAGAGAAAAAGCAAGCUUCACAAACAGUAGAAAAGCAGCAGCAGCAGAGUCAGAGGUCUACAUCUCAACAACUGCCCACCGAAAAAACUGGACAAGAGCAGCAAGGUCUGAAAGGAACUAACGCAUCGGAGUCCCUUCAAACUGGAACUGGAUCUAAAGAAUCGGAGUCCCUUCAAACUGGAACUGGAGCAACAUCUAAAGGCGACUCUCAAUCCAAACAAGUAUCGAGGGUGCUUUGCCAAGUGUGUAAUAAAAUGGAACUUAAUUUUCAUACCACGGAAAGACCCAACUAUAACACCUGUACGCAGUGUAAAACUGAAGUUUGCAACUUGUGUGGCUUCAGUCCUCCGGAUUCUGAGGGCUGUGAAUGGCUGUGUCUCACCUGCCAGAUACAUAGAGCUCAAGGAUCUUCAGAAACAUCUGCACCUUUCAUGACCAAGGAAAACAAAGAUUCGCUUACUCAGAAAAAGAUUGCAUCUUCUCCUGUCCCUGUCAAAAAGGAGACCUCAGCAUUAAGUUCUCCUCUGAAAAUACAACCCAAUAUGACAGCGACAGUCCCUGCCAAUAGCAAAGCAGCUAAAGGUCAAGAAGGUCGAAAGAAUCCCAUUAUAGCUUCUGGUCAAAAAACAACACAUGACACCCAAAAAGCUCCAGGGUCUGAAAAACCCACCGCAACUAGUCAAACUGGACUCAAGCAAAGCCCUAACAAAACCUCCCAACAGAAGUUAGAUAGUUUGUUUAGCUUUGGUAGUGCUAAAGGUGAAUCUGAAAAACCCAAAGAUUCAUUGACUGGAAAGAUUUUUGGCUUUGGUUCCUCUAUUUUCAAUUCAGAGCCCUCAAAUGUACAAGAUAAACCGCAAAGUACACCUCCAGUUUCUCCUUUAAUGCAGCCGAAAAAAGAAACCACAAAAACAUUAGGUGAAAUGUCAAAACAGGACAAAAAACAACCGCAGCAGGCAGGAACAUCUCCGGCACGAAAGACACAGGGCAAAGAGGGCACAGCUUCAACAGAAAAUCCCGACGAUCCAGUUCGACGCCAGCCUUCUUGUUCAAUUUGUAAAAUUCAGCUCAACAUCUGCUCAACAGACGUUUCCACCUGCACUGAAUGCAAAAGAACUGUCUGCAAUACGUGUGGAUUUAAUCCCACUCCAAAUGUGAAAGAGGGAAAGGAGUGGCUCUGUCUUAACUGCCAGGUUAAAAGAGCUUCUGGAGCAGGUGAACCUGGAGCCAAAACUGGAGCUGCUAAGGGAGCAGGUGGUCAUACAGACUGCAAAGCUACUACUAGUCCAAAAACAACUCAACACAAGCAAAGCCAACUAACUUUUCCUCAGCAGAACACUGGAGAGACAAGCCAAACACCAAAAACACAAAGUUGUGCCACAGAAUCAGGGGAACCUAAGAGUCAACCUACAGCCGUAAAUCCCACUGAGUCAGUAAAAGGAAAAAUGUUUGGUUUUGGCUCCUCCAUCUUCAGUUCUGCAUCAACCUUAAUUUCCACAGCUGUCCAUGAUAAUCAAAAAACUACACCCCCAGUCUCUCCAAAAUUAACAACUGCAAUGCCAGAGAGAAACAUUUCCAAGAAAUCAGACCAGGACAUUGCAAAAGAUGAAGUCCAAAAGACCAAGAUUCUUUCUUUAUCAACCUGUCCUCUCUGUAAAGCAGAACUCAAUGUUGGAUCAAAAGAUCCACCCAACUACAGAGCCUGCACAGAAUGCAAAAAUGUUGUCUGCAACCACUGUGGAUUUAAUUCAAUGCCAAAUGCAAAAGAGGGGGAAGAGUGGUUAUGUCUCAACUGUCAAAUGCAAAGAGCACUGGGGGCCUCUGACCCUCCAGGAACCCCAGUGCUAAAGAUGCAGGUCUCUCCAAAUAGGGGGCAAACAACAGCCAGUGGUCUAAAGAAGGAUAUUUUACAGAAUGACAAACCUACAAACAAGAACAUCUCAACACCUAUUACCCCAACUCUGGACCCUAAAUAUCAGAGACCAUCUAACCAGAAGACUAAAUCCAGUAAUGAGGAAAAAAGAGACUCUCUAAAACAAGGUGGAUCAGGCGGAUUCUUUGGGUUUGGCAGUAGACCUCCAUCGGCUGAUACAAAACCUACUGAAUCAAUGGGAGGUGGGAUGUUUGGCUUUGGGUCAACGAUCUUGAGUUCUGCAUCAACUUUAAUGAGCUCAGCUGUGCCAGAUGAACCUAAAACAUCCCCGUUUCUGUCUACCAAGACAGCCGAAUCAAAAGGAGCCAAAUCACCACCAACUGAAAAACAAAAUGAGAGAAAUAAGCUGGAACAAGUUACAAAGCAAUCACCGUCACUGCAAAUGAAGACUGAAAAAGCUGCUUCAGCAUCCCAAAAAUGUUCCCCCACUGUUCCCAAACCACUACAAUCAGCCUGUCCACUUUGUAAGGUGGAACUCAACGUUGGCUCUAAGGAACCUUCAAACUACAAUAAGUGCACUGAAUGCAAAAAGAACGUGUGUAACCAGUGCGGAUUUAGUCCAGUGCCUAAUGUUUCAGAGGUAAAAGAAUGGUUAUGCCUGAGUUGUCAGAUGCAGAGGGCUCUAAGCGCAUCUGAAAUUGCAGGACCUCCAGUAAGAACUAACAACAUUUCUCCAUCUGUGGUGCAUACAAAAAAGACUGGACAAAAUCAAGGUGUUGCACCGGGAUCACCCAAAAAUACCCAUGAUACUGUAGCACCAGCAGCAGAUAAAACUGAAAAGGUUCCAGUAAAAGAAACAAACGAUUGCCCACCUACCGCUCGUAAAAUUCCACAUGAUAUAAAAGGAGCAUCAAGUGGUCCAAACCAAGCUCAACAGACACCAGGACUAGAUGCUUCUCAAACAAAAGAAUCUGUGACUGGAAAGAUGUUUGGAUUUGGUUCUUCCUUUUUGAGCUCUGCGUCAACUUUAAUAUCAUCUGCUGUUCAAGACGAAUCGCAUAAUGUGCCACAAGACUCUUCUAAGAUGUCCGCAUCAGCACAAGGUUCCCCCAAGGUUAAAGCAGAAGGCAAAGCACCGGUUUCCCCCAAAAUGUCACCGGGAAAACAAACAAAAAUCAACCUAAUCAAAGAGGAACUGGCUUCAUCAAGUCUUAUUAAAAGCCAGAGCACUUGCCCACUGUGUAAGGUGAAGCUUGACUUCACUUCAAAUAACCCUCCUAACUACAACACUUGCACUGAGUGUAAGACAGUUGUAUGUAAUCAAUGUGGAUUUAACCCCAUGCCAAUGGGAGAGGUAAAAGAAUGGCUGUGUCUCAACUGUCAGAUGAAGAGAACUGUUGGUGUAUCACAGCCCAAAGUGCCUCCCACCCAUUUACAAGGCAAAGGUCAUUUACCUUCUACAACUCAGUUGGUGAAUUCUAGUAAGCAAUCUGAACCCCAACAGAAGAUGUCGGAGGCACCUUCAGCACAAAGGCAAAAGUCCAUAGUUUCUGUGCUUUCAGAUAAACCUACAGCUGCUACUACAUCAUUACAACAGAGAAGACAAGAACAACAGAAAGAAGGUUCUGGCAAACCAUUAAGCCAACCUGAAAGUAAGCAAAGUAAAGCUACUCCAGAGACACAGCAAACAACAUCAGGCUUCUUCAGCUUUGGAGGUUCUAAACCACAACUUGACUCGGCGAACCAUGCUGAGCCAGCUAGUGGAAAAAAGUUUGGCUUUGGUCAAUCAAUUUUCAGUUCUGCCUCGAACCUUUUAACUUCAGCAGUUCAGGACCAACCCAAGGCAACCCCACCUGUUUCUCCCAAAUUGUCCCCUGCAAAAGAGGUUAAACCUGCUGCUGGCCAAGGGAAAGAAGACCAAGGGAAGCGUCCGAAUGUCAAAGCACUCUCCCAAGUUGCUGGCAAACCAGGCCAGUCAACGUGUCCGCUCUGUAAAGUUAAACUCAAUGUCGGGUCUAGUGGUGAACCUAAUUAUAAUACCUGCACUAAAUGCGGAGACACUGUUUGUAAACAGUGUGGAUUCAGCCCUGUGCCAACUGAAACAGAGGCAAUGGAAUGGUUGUGUCUAAACUGCCAGAUGCAAAGAGCUCUCGGAGUAACACAGCCUCAAGAGGCCACUUCUGUCAAACCUCAGAUAUCGACAAAGCCUGAAAAGGUUGACAUGAUCAGUAACCCCAAACAAGCAACGAAGGACUUGUUACUUAAGUCACCUCAGAGAAAACCGCCUGCAGAAUCAGCUUCAGCAGAGAGCGGUAACAAAACUGAGAUUACGAAUAUAAAAAAAUCACCAGAACAUGCAAGAAAAAUUCAACUGAUGGAAAAUAGUAUCCAAAAAGAAUCAGUGAAUAAGCUGUCACAGCCAGUAAGUGGUAUGAUGUUCAGCCAUGGCUCUUCUAUUUUAAGUUCCGCAUCUAACUUAAUUACCUCAGCUGUUCAGGAACAGCCUAAUAACGUACAACAAGAAACUCCAAAGUUGUCGGAUUGGAAAAAAGUGGAAGAUCCUCUUAUAGAGGGGAAACAAGUUCAGGACGUUCUUCAUCCCAACGGAACUUUUGCAAAAUCUCAUCCAAAGGCUCCUUCAGUGCCAUCUACCUGUCCACUAUGUAAGGUUGAUCUUAAGACUACUUGUAAUGACCAGCCUAACUACAACACCUGUACAGAGUGCAAGAAUAUUGUUUGCAACCAAUGUGGAUUUAACCCCAUGACAAGUGAAUCCCAGAUGGAGUGGCUGUGCCUGACUUGCCAGGUACAAAGAGCUGUUAUGACAGCAGAAGCUGAAAAUCCCCCUCCCAUAAAAUCCCAGACAUCACCUAGUAAAGUGUCUACAUCUGUGUCUGGCCUAAAAGACGCUUCUCAUAAAAAGAAAAAUACAGAUCAUCUGCAAAAAACAGAAAUGCAAGAAAACCCACUGCAGGAAAUUCCAGCGAAAGAUACACCAAGAAAACAAGAACCUAAAACAAAAUUACAAAUGGACAGCACCCAGACAUCGGUUGUCACCCCACUUAGUGCAGAACAGACCCAAGGUAUUGACUCAGUUUCUACAAAAGAGAAGAACAUGGUAUCAACCGAAGCAGCAACAGCUGUGGUCUCAGGUCUUAAUAAAGCGUUGCCUGCUAAAGCUACUUAUGAUGAUAAAGAUGAUGAAAUGUCUUUGGACAAUAUUAAGUCACCACCCUUUCUUGGACAAGAAGAGAUUUCAGAAAAGAAAGAGGAAAAAUCUAAAUCAGACAAAGAAGAACCUGAUUCCUUUCUUGAAACAUCUGGGCAGCCAAAUGUUCUGUCAAUACUUACACCCAGUCCACAAGUUUGUCAAAUAUUAGGAAAGGAGGAAAAACUAAAACAGGAAAAUAAUCCUGAUGAUCCUUUUCCAAGGAAGACCAAAGUGCACACAGGUCCACCAAAGCCUGUGAAGCAAGAAACCGCCAAGGAACCCAAUGAAAUGGAACAAUCCUGUCCACUCUGUAAGGCAGAACUGAACAUUGGCUCCAAAGAGAGUCCUAACUACAAAACUUGCACAGAAUGUAUAACCAAAGUUUGUGUCAAAUGUGGAUUUAGUCCUUUGGCAAAUAUAUCAGAGGUGAAGGAAUGGCUAUGCUUGAAGUGCCAGAUGCAGAGGGCACUUGGAGCUUCAGAGCCUCUAGGCCUUCCCAUGAUGAAAAAUCACCUCCCAAGCAAAGGUCUUUGUGACUCAAAAGAAAUCAAAGAAACCCUUGUUUCGAGUUCAGCUAAAGAAGCCAUAGAAACAGCUGCAUUGACAACUCAGGCAAAAGAUUUAAUCAUUAAGAAAGAACCAUCAGAUAAAAGAACAGAAACAACUUCAGGUAUUGGAAAGACUGAGGCACAAAAGCCCACAGAGAAAUCAAAAGAAGAACCAUCUGAAUCUCAGAAGCUUCCUGAAAAUAUAUUGACGGCUCUUGCUGAAACUAUUUCUCCAUCAGAUCUAGAGACAACCAAGCUAUCGUCGGAGCAACCCCCGAAACCUUUGUCUGCAACACCACCAACUCCAAAACAGGAUUCAGGAGUGCUUCUUGACUUAGGAGGUCCUAAAACAAAGCAACCAACCCCAACACCAAGUGAUUCAGUAACAGGGAAAAUGUUUGGUUUUGGGUCAUCUUUCUUGAACUCUGCAUCCACUUUAAUGAACCCAGCUGUUCAGGAUGAGGCUAAAACUACACCAUCAACCACCAAAACGACACCACCAGCUUCUCCCAAGCUAGUAUUCUCUGGAUACACUGAGCCACUUGGUGUUCAGACAUCUGAUAAACAAGCAGAGAAAUCUGGUCAAGACAGGGCUCCUAUAGCUGUGCAGGCCAAAGUUGGUGAAACACAACGCUUAAAGCUUACAGCAGAGAUCCAAGGUGUUCCAAAAGAAGAUACAUCUGUCUGUCCACUGUGUAAGGGACAACUAAACAAAGGCUCCAAGAACCCUCCAAACUACAACACAUGCACACAAUGUAAAACAACAGCCUGCAACCAAUGUGGAUUUCAACCAUUACCAGAUGAGCCAGGGGUAAAGGAAUGGCUUUGCCUGAACUGCCAGAUGCAAAGAGCCUUAGGAGCACUGGAGCCCACCGGAUCAGCCAACGCUUUUACACCUCCUCUGUCAGCACAUAAUGUUACAGGAAAAAUAACAGAGAGAGGGGAAACUACAUCAAUUGCAUGCAUCACCAAAGAUAUCACUCCAGAGGGUCCCCUCAAGAAUGAUUACCAGAAAGCUGCUAAAUCUACACAAAAUACACAGGCAGUUUUAGGUACUGAAAAAGGAAAAAAUGGCGAUUUGACUACCAAGACUGAACAAAAAGAGGGUCCUUCUAAACAGGAAGCAGUGCAACCCCAAAAGCCUUCAAAGUCAAAGACAGCCCCUGCCAAGUCGGUACCACCAGCCGCUUCCCCAUCAAUGCAGGAAUCAGGAGGCUUCUUUGGCUUUAGUGGUCCUAAAACUCAGCCAGCAGCAGAAAAACCAACUGAGUCAGUAACAGGGAAAAUGUUUGGUUUUGGAUCUUCGUUCUUGAGUUCUGCAACCACUUUAAUAACUUCAGCUGUCCAAGAUGAACCUAAAACUACACCACCAACUCCUCGUAAACUGUCAUCAGCAUCAGCACGUACAUCUCCUAAAAUUACCCCACCAGCUUCUCCAAAAACUGGGGCCAAAAUUACCCCACCAGCUUCUCCAAAAAUUGGGGCCAAAAAGGAUGUCAAGCUAACUGCUGUCGAGAAAAAUAAUGAGAAAAAGGGAGAUCAACAAAAGCAAGCCAAAACUAAGCCAACUGGACAAGCUGAAGUGACUAAUACUUUAGCAGAAACUGUAAAGACAGAUGCCCAACAUGUUCCAGAGAACACAGUCUGUCCACUGUGUAAGGGACAACUGAACAAAGGCUCCAAAGACCCUCCCAACUAUAACACAUGCACACAAUGUAAAACAACAGCCUGCAACCAGUGUGGAUUUAACUCGUGUUCAGAUGAGGCAGAGGUAAAGGAAUGGCUUUGUCUGAAUUGCCAGAUGCAAAAAGCCUCAGAAGCACCAGAGGCCACGAGAUCAAGCAAGGCUAUUCCAUCACCUCUGUCAGAACGAGAGGUUACUCGAACAAAAACCCAAGGAGAGGAAACUGCAACUCAAGAAAGCCUGUUUAGGAAAGACAACCAGAAACCUAUGGCUAAAUCUGCACAAAAUAGACAGGUAGAUUCAGGAGUAGAUAAGUCUGUUUGUCCACUGUGUAAGGGACAAAUUAACAUUGGCUCUAAAGACCCUCCAAACUACAACACAUGCACACAAUGUAAAACAACAGCCUGCAACCAAUGUGGAUUUAAUCCACUACCAAAUGAAACAGAGGUAAAGGAUUGGCUUUGUCUGAAUUGCCAGAUGCAAAGAGCCCUGGAAGCACCAGAAGCAAAAGGACCAAGCAAGGCUUUUACACUUCCUCUUUCAGAAAAUAAGGUUUCAACAACAAAACCGCAGAGAGGAGAAGCUACAGAACAUGCAGCAGUUGACACAAUGAUCACUCAAGAAAGUCUUCUCAAGAAUAAUGGCCAGAAAACCGAGGCUAUACCUAUAAAAAGUAUACAGGUAGUUCCAGGUACUGAACAAGGAAAACCCAAGGAUUUAGCUCAACAGCAGCCACAGCCUGUUGAAAAACAAGCUGACGUGCAGUUACCCCAAACUACCCAAUCUAAAGAAAAGGAGGGUCCUUCAAAACAAGAAGCAGUGAAACCCCAACAGCCUUCAAAGUCAGUGACAGCGCCUACCAAAUCUGUACCAGUAACAGCUCCACCACCAAAACAGGAGUCAGGAGGCUUCUUUGGCUUUAGUGGUCGUAAAGCUCAGCCAGUAGCAGAAAAACCAACUGAGUCAGUUACAGGGAAAAUGUUUGGUUUUGGAUCUUCAUUCUUGAGUUCUGCAACCACUUUAAUAACUUCAGCUGUCCAAGAUGAGUCUAAAACUACACCACCAACUCCUCGUAAACUGUCCACAGCAUCAGCACGUACAUCUCCAAAAAUUACUCCACCAGCUUCUCCAAAAACUGGGGUCAAAAAGGAUGCCAAGCUAACUGCUGUCGAGAAAACUGACCAGAAAAUAACAGAGCAGCUCAAGCAGGACACCAUUAAAAAAACAGGACAAGCCAAAGUGGAUAAGGAUCCAACAGAGCCUUUGAAAGGACCAACAGAAGUCCAACAUGUUCUAGGAGUAGAUAAGUCUGUUUGUCCACUGUGUAAGGGACAAAUUAACAUUGGCUCUAAAGACCCUCCAAACUACAACACAUGCACACAAUGUAAAACAACAGCCUGCAACCAAUGUGGAUUUAAUCCACUACCAAAUGCAGCAGGGGAUGAAUGGCUGUGUCUUACCUGCCAUACACAAAGAGCUUUGGGACAGCUUGAGUACUCUGGAGAAGAACCUUUAAAUCUACCUGUACCUCACAAAUCAGAGACUCAGGCCAAAGUUGCAGACCCCAAAAUGGAACUUGGAGACAGAAUGGAGAGAGAGCUUACACCUGCCACGUCAAAAUCACUGCCCACACCUGUCCUUAAAAUGAGUAUACUUCAAGCGGAUAACACCCUCAUUAAGCAUGAAACCAAAACAUCUGAUGUUUCACAUGCAAUGGAACAAAAUCAGGAGCAAGGCGAGACAGAUGAGAAAUCUUCUGUGCCCGUUGACACCCUACCACAAAAGGUCACUGUACUACAACAAGAUACUGUGCCAGACACUGAAGUUCACAAAUCCGCACCAAUUGGAACUUUGGAACAAAAACCAAAACUCAGGGACAGUCAAAAAGAAAUGGCCUCUUCCCUGUCUGAUUCCUCAAAAGUCCCAGUUAAAGCAACUGUUGCUGCAGAUUCCUCCCCUACAGCUGUAGAAGUAUUUGAAUCAGUAGUUGUUAAGUCACUAUCAAGUCCCUCUGCUAAUCCAGAAAAUAUUUUGAAGGAUGUGGUAUUUAACGAACCUAUCAUACUGAAAUCCUCAAUAAAACCUUUACAGCAAGAGGAUGUGCUAUCAAUGUCACAGGAUCCACAGUUGGUUUUGGACAAAACACCUGGAAGACAUGCAGAGGUGAAGACUUCCAUCGAUGAGGUGGAUGAAAAUAUUGGUGGCAAAAUGGCAGCAUCACAGAAAGUAGAAGUGUCUACAACUGCCAUCAUUGGUCAAGACAAAGAUGAAACCUGGAAAAAGCCAAGUAAAGAAAGCAACCUUUCUACACCAUCCUGUCCACUUCUAGUUACAACACAUAAAGAGAAGCCCACAUACAAAGAAAAGGAUCAAGAUGAUGAUCAACCCCAAGUUUUCCCUGUAUUACAGGGAACAAAAGAAAGGCUGGUGGUUGGUGACACACAGAUCAAGGACAUGGACGAAGAAGCAUUUACACCAGUAAAGGCAGAUGUUGAUGUUGAGGAAAAACACCUUAGUGCUGAAGCAAUGGAUGAGGGCAGUGAAAGUGAAUUGUCACCAUCACCUGAAUUGUCACCAUCACAUGAAAUUAAGAGAAAAAAGCUCAAAGUGACAAACCUUUCAUCCAGCAGCAAGGACAGCAAAACUGAAACUACUGACUCCUCUGCUGAAGAUGCAGAUGUUAUUCAAAGGCAAAUGAUUUAUACAAAUAAUGAAAGACAAAUGUCUUUUUGGGCGGACGAGAAAGACAAGAAUUUAUCAAAUGAUGAACCCACGAAUGUUAAUAUUGUGGAUAAUGCUUUGAAAAAAGUCCACUUAAGUCUUGACACUGAAACAGAACAAGAUUUUCUCCAGGCAGUGUCCAGUAGUACUGUGGAAGAGGUUAGCCAUGACGAAGAAAAAGAGAGCAUCACAGAAUCCCUGUCCAAAGGAUCAUCAAGUAUUCAGGCAUCUUGCUUCACUCCAUUGUCUUCACCUACAUCAGCCUCUUCUCUUGAAGAAGAUGAUGACAGCAGUCCUAGUCAUAGUAAAUUCAGUUGGGAAAAACAUGGCAAAGGUAAACAUAGGCAGCAACAUCAGCCUCUCUCACCAUUUGAAAACUCUUCAGAAGAGGAGGAGUUUAAGAAAGACCAAGAUGAAGUCAUGGCCCAUGGUCAUCCAGUGCCCUUACCUAAUGAUGUUUUAGGCACAGAGGACCAAAGUGAAAUUCCAGGAAGAGCUUUAAAUAUUCAAACGUCUGAAUCUAAAUACUAUUCCUGUAUAGAAUCAGAACCAGAACCAGAGUACAGAGUACAGAGAGGACGUAAGCCUUCACCAACAGUAAUACCGUAUACUCCUUCUGUGACAAAAUCGCUCAAGAGUGUUGAGGAAUCAUAUGAAGAAUUAUUUCAGAAGACAAAAUGUAUUCCUGGUGAGACCCCUCCAGACAUUGAGCCGCUCUUUGGAGGAAUGACAAUUGAAGACUAUCUUUAUGAAUCAUUGGUAGAGGAGUCUGAUAUUAGACUGAGCGACUCUGAAGAGCGUACAGCUCAUGAUGACACCAGCUUAGAAUCGCUUCAAAACCUCAGGUCACCGGGAGAAGUUUAUAAAGAGAUGAUGCAGAAAAAAAGAGAACUCAUGAUGAUAGAGGAAGAAUAUAAUCAAUCCCAGACUGCUAUGGAUAUAUCUGCUGAAGCUUCAGUCAGUGAGCCUCCAGCAGUUGCAGAUGACACAUGCGUGAUUACAAUACCAAGAGAAGAGACAUUAUUCACUGAAGAAACUGACAAUCUUAGCAGUGAAAUUUGUAGUGAGGUACCCAUUAAGAAAAAGAAACGACCAGCUCCACCACGGCCCACUGAUCCCCCCAAACGCACAGAAGUAACAGUUAUACCAUGUACUCCAAGUACAUCAAUAUGUUUUGUGAGGCCAAUGAUUCCCCAAGACCCGGCAUUCAGCAAGUCAUUGUUCCCCAUACCAGACCUCAAAAUUACACAGUGUUCAUCUGGUGAGGAAGAAGAUGACAGCUUUGCAGAUGACUAUGUAGUCGCUGUUUCAUCUGACAUUACACCCAGCGAUGACUCUGGGACUAAAGAAGAGCCAUGCACAAGCCCACCUUUCUUUGAAACAGAGAUAAAUCCCUUAUGCGUAGUUUGUGAAAUUCCACAGCCCAAACCAAUUCCGAUUCCAAUUUCAGCCCCAGAACUCACAACCACACCUUCACCUGUAUCACCAGUAUCACCCCCAACCUCACCAUCCUCUCCAGAUUCCAUUUUGGUUUCAAAUGCUACAUACCACUUCCAGACUCAAAAGUCCUUGUCAUCAGCUAUACCCCAUUUAGCUGAACCAACACUUCCAGUUUCUUUUGGACUGAAUUCACCUUCAGACAUCUCACAACAAAUAACAACAGCAACAUCAACUGUGGUAUUGUCAAGAGAAGGCUCGGUUUCCCAUUCUACUCUAGCUACCAUAGUGACAAUUCCAGAUGUGAUUUCUGAUCCUACUAAAUUCCAGGCAACCGCAGCUGGUGAUGUUAGGCCUUCUGAAUUUUCAAGUCAAGCCCAAGUUGAGAUUCCAUCUGGGCCAGUUGUAGUUCAAAUGCCAGACUUGGUUUCAUCCCCAUCUCAGAUGCCUGUUGAGACACAAGCUGUUAUCCACACCUCAGUGCCAAGUCUUACACCACUUGUGGUUACAGCACAGCCUACUGCCCUCGUUAAGAAUACAUCUGUAGCAAUCUCAACUCCAGUUUCGGCUCAUGCUGUUACAACAUCUGUGACAUUAUGCCCAGAGCCAGUGAUUGUUCAGAUGCCUGACCUUGUCUCAACAACAUCUCCAAUGGUUGCACAAACAUCAAUACCAGUUUCAGUGCAAAUGACCUCCUCUGUUGGUGCCACAGCCAAAGUUGUACAUUCAUUCCCUGUACAACAGGUUUUUCCAACAAGCCCAGUUGUAGUUGCAGCUCAAGUUCAAACACCCAAGUCAGUUUCACCUGCUCUGGCAUCAACAACUGUAGUCAAAAAGAAAGUCCCACCUCCACCUCCACCCCGUUCUACGUCAGUGUAUUCACCCGAGCCUAAUGCUGAACUGCCACUGGUAAAGACUGCUCAGGAUGUCAACCCCAGCACGACUACUACGAUCGCAACUACAAUCACAGUAUCCUCACAGCUAAUGCAAUCUGUAAUUGUUGAUAAACAACCAAGAAUAGAGGAUGCAAAACCAAACAAUAUGGUUGCACCUCACAUUAUGACCCCAACAGGAAAGGAGCAUGUAGUCAUUGUAGUACCACAUGAGGAAAAGAUAUGUAUACUUGGGCAAAGUCAGGAAAAGAUAUGUAUACUUGGGCAAAAUCAUCAUGAUGUUGAUAGCACAGGAUCAGUAGCUACAGAUUCAGGAUUGGAUAUAUCUAGUGCAGGUUCUUUACUGUCACCUAAACUGUCACCAUCUCAACUUCUGCCUAGGGUUAUGACAGAGACAAAUGCUGUGGACACAGUAGAAAUACCUGUAGUAGAUACACCACCACCUUAUUUGAUUAGAUUACCAAAGUCAGCAGUUCAUCCAGUGUCUCCAGGUUUUUCCACUGGAGUGACUACAUCACAGGGAGCUUGCAGUAGACCUCCACCACCUAUACCACCUAAACCUAUAUUAAUUCCAGCUGGAUUGGUGUUCAGUCACAAGCCAGGAGAGAGUGUGAAGCCACCACCUUUUUCUACAGGAUCUAAAGCUGCAACACUACCCAGAUCCAAAGAACCGCCGAAUGCUCUGUCUUUUAGCUUGACGCGACCUGUUGAGUCAAACUUAGGAACAUCAUCUCCUAAGUCACCUGUGUCUCCAAGGCAUUCUAGAAGUUUGCAAACAUAUGUAGUAAUAACUCUUCCUUCUGAACCCGGCUCACCAACAGAAGUUAUAACAGUCCAAGCACCUACUAGACGAGAAUCAAUUUCAUCUACAUGUGUCUCAGGGAUCCAGAGGACAACUAUUGAACAAAAACCCCAUGCUGAGACGUUUUUGGCACAAGCAAAAAUGCACAGAGCCUCUAUUCCCUUGGUAAGGCAACUACCUACUAUACCUGUACCACCAACUAAAGCAAUGGACCAUGCCUCACCUUCUGUGGGAGUUGAUGAUCAAGUGAAAAACGAGAGAGACUCCCUGUCAUCUUGGGUACAUCCAUCACCAUCUGCAGCUGAAGUCGUGGGUACACGCAUCCAAGCGCAGACUGUACCUAUUCCAAUAAAGAAACCGAAUGUACUUAAAGAACAGUCAAUUACCUACCCACUUCUACCGCCUAAAACAAUCUCUGUAGCUAUUUCAAUCCCUCCCUACACCGAGGAUAAUAUUCAACCUCAAACACAUAAACCCGGAGUAGGACCACAGUCUUUGUCAUCUGCUUUUCAGCAUCAAGUUAUUUUAACAGAUGCAAAAAGUGACCCGUCACAACUAUUUUCCUUAAAAAGUGACCCAUCACAACUAUUUUCCUUACCUCAGGCCCCGGUACAAACUGAAUUGGUCCAAUCACAACCACUGAAACAAGAUGUAAUUGCACCACUGCAAUCCUCACACUCAGUGGUAAAACAAACCAUAUCAACUGCCUUCCAGUCAACUGUUCCUCCUACACAGGAUAUAUUCCAAACACAAGUGCUCCAAAAAGAACUGAUGGCUUUUCCAUAUAUUCCAGAGGAGUCUACCAAAUCUUUAAUGCUUGGAAACGAUCAGCAUAUCCACACUGAAGAGCAGCCGCAUGAAAUCAAAGCAGUUAGUAGCACUAUGGGACAUAUUUUACCCACGGACCAAUGCACCGUUGCAGAACUUUCAUUAUUAUCACAUACUUUCCAACCUUUAGAAGAAACAAAGUCACGUGUUGUUAAUGAAGCUCAACAAAUAGCAAUGCAGCCAGAAGGACCUCCUGUUACUUAUGUACCACACGCAGUCAUUUUACAUUCUUCUGUACCACAAGAGGUCACAGCAUUGAGGCAUGAAAGGGAAACUCCUACUGAGGUUGUAACCGAAAUGAUAUAUCAAAGUCGAACUCCAGUAUCACCAUCCAUGCCAGUCACAGUUAUGACACCUAAGGAAACUAUUGAAGAGAAAAAGACAGUGCAAACAAAAAUGUAUUAUCUUGAAGAAGAUGAUAUACCCACACAGGUUGUUAUAUCUGAGGCAUCUGCAGCAAUCGAAAGACAAACCAUGACCAUGCAUCAACCAGUACAAAAGGAACUAGUAGUGCACAUUCCACCUCUAGAGGAAAAUCAUACGGAAGAAUGUAGAGUUUAUGUUCCCUGUAGGAGAGAGUCUAUUACUUCAGUAAAUCAACCUCAAGUGAUAUCCUGGGAAUGUGAAAAGGAUCAGCCUUUGGGGAUAAUAAGCACCGGGACAGUCAACAGGAGAACUUCAAUACCAACAUCACAGGAUAUUUUAGGGAAUAUCUCUUUGGCUCCAGUAGCGACCACUGCAGUUGAACAGGAUUCUAUUAAAACCCAAGAAAUGUGUAGACUAGAAAAUAUUGUUCCAAAUGGAAGCAACAUAUAUUCUUCAAUUUCUUCUUUAAGUAAAUUCCAUGAAACCCAGUUGACUACCAGUGACGUCCAAAGUACAAGAAUUUCUGUUGUUCAUGAAGGACUGCCACAAGAUUCAACACAAAGUGCAGCAAUCACUGUGCAACCAGAUGUAGCUCAAAUUUCACCUCUUCCGAAACAGAAUGUAAAGGGAAUGUAUCCCACCGAUGUCAUUGAUUUACGUACAAUUAGAGCAGGGAUAAAAAUGACUGAAAAGGGAAUGGAUCUUACGCAGCCUGACUCACAUCACCACUCCUUUUCAAGUGAUUUCAGUGGACGCCCAAUCACAGCAGUGCAGCCGGAGAUAGUAAAUCUUAGUUCAUACCCUGUCGCUUCCAACAUAUUGUCUGUGGUCACAGACAACAUCACGAUAGUAACAUGCACAGCCACAAUUGCCUCAUAUAACAGAGCUGCUGUGGAGAAACCAGACAAAUUGCAGACAGCAGUUAAAUCGUUGCCUGUCUCUCUAACAACAAGCAAGUCCUUUGAGCCCCUUGCACAGAUCAUAUACAGACCUGUGAAUUCUCCACCUGUGGUCAGUACUGUGACAACUACAGUCCAGGACAUACCCAUUAAUUUAUCCUUUGGAACUCUUGUUUCACCAAAGCUGAAACAACCAAGUGGAAGUUCUGUUCUUUUUCCAGAAGCCACUGGGGCCAUGGAUCUAUCAAUCUACAAACCAACGAGAACUAUGAUUGCAUCAUUCAGUACCAGCCCAGGCGUAAUAACCACAAUUUUGGAGGACGACGGUACGCCUGUUGACCUUACGGCUGGUAGGAGGACUGUUUGCUGCGAUGUCAUUUACAAACUCCCUUGUACGAGAAGGUGUAGUACACAACCCCAAGUUAUAACCCAGCCAGAGACACAUGGUCAUUACCCGUAUAAUGCAGAAAUGUAUGGAACCAAAGAUGUCAAACGUUUAAGUGAAUCAGAGAGCUUCCGGAACCAGGAGGAAGGCCCUUUACAUGAUGCCAAGAAUAACAAUAACUAUCUCUGUGAUGUACAUCAGACAAUGGACUUCAAUGCUUCUUCUGCAGGUACAGCUCUAGACUACACAAGUAAAGCAACUGGAGUCUACCCCGGAAAGACAUCGACUUCAAACUCCCUUGUUCCAGCAGGUGGUUUGGGUGUAAAUGGUGUUGUAAGGACCUCCAACGGAAUCGCUUACGCUUCUUUUACUGCUACAGUUCCAUCUACAUAUGCAGUUACAACUCAGCCAGGCUCUAUCUUCAGUACGACCAUAGCUCCUAAAUUAGCAGCUCAGACCCAGGCAUUACCACAUCCAUAUGGCUUCAUUCCAACUCUAGACACAGGACACGUAAUUCCUUUCGACACAGAAAUACCUGUUGACUUUUUACCAAUGGCUUUGACUGACAUUAUCACUGGCUAUCCAGAAAUGUACUCCGAUGUGACCCUGGAAGCAAUUGCUGCCUCUCUUAGUGUUUUAGCGUCUUCUCCAAUACUCCCUGGCCUAGACAACACUAAGAUGGCCAAGUAUCAGUUGGAAAGAGAAAUCCUCGAGCUUGAGAAGCUUAAACAACUAUGCCUUGCAGAGGAGCUGGAAUGGGAGAGGCAAGAGAUUCAGCGUUACCGUGAACAGGAACAGUUGAUGGUACAGAGGGAACUUGAGGAACUUCAGGCACUGAAACAGCAGCUUCUUUUGCAACAAGAGGAAGAACACCAUGCACACAUAGUAGCCCAGCAGGAGACCUAUGCCCAGCAAAAAGAGCAGCUGCAGCAAAUCCAGCAACUCCAGUUGCAACUUCAGCGCCAGCUGGAUGAGCACUAUGGUAUUAGUAGUUUGACAGGAAAACUCCUAGAUGCCAAAUAUGCAGGAGUGGGGGAUAGUGGCCAGUAUUGGCCAGUUAAAGAUAAGCCUUCAAUGCCAUCAGCUAGAAUGCAGUCACAGAAUAACAAUGCUCAAUUGAGUUUAGAAAGAAAGCUUCAAGCUGACGAAGACACAGGCAAAAAAAUUAUUGACAGUGGAGUUCAGACAGAUGACGAAGAUUCGGCUGAAAAACACCAUGCAGGGAAGAGAAAGAAAAUGCGGAAAAGUGUCGAAAGCUCAGCUCAGUCUGAUGAUGAAGAUCAUGAAAAAUGGGAUGCUCCUACAAAAGCUCGUCGGCGCUCCAGAAAACACAGUAAUGAUGGGAAACAUGGCUCAAAGGUCUCCAGCAUUGCAGUCCAGACAGUAGCAGAAAUAUCGGUCCAGACUGACCACUCUGGAACUUUUAAACAUCCCAUCGUCCAAAUAGAUAAUAAGGUCCAAAUAAAUAAACACAUCUCGGCUUCUGAGACCUCUCAGAGAGGUGGCAGUUUAGGCUGUCAGACAAAUACCGAUAGAAGAUCCAACGUGGUGGGCUACAACACACACCUUUCAGCAGAAUUCCCAGCAAAGUCUAGAGUUUUCUACAGUACAAUCUCCCCUUCAUCACCUGAAAAGUCACUUGCAGGGGAAAAAUUGCCAACAAGAAUGUUGAAGACUGGACAGAAAUCUUUAUCUGACCCAGUGUCCCUUAGUCCUUCUACAGAGGACAGGAUGGUUGGAUACACUGCAGACAUUUAUACAGGCAGAGGUUCACCUUCCAGCACAGGAAAAAAGGUGAAACGAACAUUACCAGACCCCCCUCUUGAGGACGAGUCUCUGAUAGGAAGGUCUGGCUAUAGCAACAGCUCAGCACGUCGCCGCAUCGCCCGCAGUACAACAAUGGCUCGUGCAAAGAUUCUGCAGGACAUUGACAAGGAGCUUGAUCUUGUGGAAAGAGAAUCUUCCAAACUUCGCAAGAAACAGGCAGAGCUAGAUGAAGAAGAAAAGGAGAUUGACGCCAAGCUGCGGUACUUGGAGAUGGGUAUCAACCGGCGUAAGGAGGCGCUGCUAAAGGAGAGAGAGAAGAGAGAAAGAGCUUAUCUACAGGGGGUGGCAGAGGAAAGAGAUUACAUGUCUGACAGCGAGGUUAGCAACAUUAGAGGAACAGGGGGAGAUAGCCUGGAGAGACCACGGACCGCUCCACAAUCAGAGUUUGAUCAAUAUAUUACCCCACAUACAGAAGCGGACUCUCAGUACAACACUCUAACAAGUCCGUACUCUCACUAUGCCCACUAUGUCCCCCAGACCCAAACUACAAGCCAGUACACCCAACAGAAUCUGUACCAGCAGCAAUCCCUUUACAACCAACAAGUGUCUCCUUACGCAACUAUAUCCCUCUCCCAAACGCAGGCUCAGGCAAGUAGCUACCAGCAUGCGUUGCUUUUGCAGCAGGGAAAACAGCGACAAACCACGCUGUCUGACUUAGAGCCCAAGAUCACUACCAAUUAUGAAGUGAUACGCAAUCAGCCGCUGAUAAUCGUACCAACCUCUGCAGAAAGUGGAUAUGGAGUGGCUCAUUUGGGAGGCAAGUACGGCUCUUUGGAUUUAAGGCUUGGGAUAGAGGAAAGGAGCAUGGCUUCCAGUCCCAUGUCCAGCAUUUCAGCAGAUUCUUUUUAUACCGAUAUUGACCAGCAUAAUGCAAGGAACUACGUGCUGAUUGAAGACAUAGGGGAGCUCACUAAGGCUUCAGCUGGGCUGAGCAAUUCCGUCAUGGGGUCUGGAUUCAAUCUGCCCGAUAAAGAAUUGUCUAAAGCAGACAGACUACUCAGAGCAGCAGAGGUCAGGCGCACAGCAGAGGUGGCAGAUUUUUUAGGCACAUCCCGUCUUCAAAGUUAUGGAAAAGGGGAAGAUGACACGAUAGAGGAGCCUUACGAGCUAAAACUGCUGAAGCAACAAAUCAAACAGGAGUUUAGACGAGGAGCCGAGGGACUCGAACACUUAACAGGUCUCAGUCUACCAUCGUAUCUCCCCAGUGACAGCAGUUUUCGCCACUUUUCUAAAGGAGAGAAAUACACCAUUGGCAGACUCACCCUUGAAAAACAGGCUGCAAAGCAACUUCCAACAGCUGCGCUUUACCAGAAACAGAUGAAAAACAAAAAGGGUCUAAUAGACCCUAAAGCUGUAACAAAGUUUUCUCCAAUUCAGGAGAAUAGGGACCUGGAACCUGAUUUUAGAAAUUACAUGGGAUCUGGGGCAUCCGUUGCAGCUGCUAGAGCCCGGUUAUUUCAGGAUGAGAUAACAUUUGGUCUAAGAAAGAAUUUGUCUGAGCAACAAAAAUAUUUGGGCUCUUCUUUGGGACCCAACCUAGCUUGUUCUCUAAACCUUGGCUUUGGAGCAAGUACUGGCCAGGAUGAUGCGACUUACCCAGGUGGCACUUGUUCUCGACCUUCCUCCCGCCCUUCCUCCCGUCCCUCCUCUGUCUAUGGUUUGGAUCUAUCCAUCAAACGGGACUUAUCAAGCUCCUCACUUAGACUUAAAACAGAGGGAGAGGUUCUAGAUGCUGCCUUUGCUCCUGGAGCAGCAAGAGCAAAGCCGACAAGUUUACCAAUCAGCCAGAGCCGCGGCCGUAUACCAAUUGUGGCUCAGAAUUCCGAGGAAGAAAGUCCUCUGAGUCCAGUGGGGCAGCCUAUGGGCAUGGCCAGAGCCUCAGCUGGUCCUCUUCCUCCAAUCUCGGCAGACUCCAGGGAUCAAUUUGGGUCAAGUCAUUCUCUGCCAGAGGUGCAGCAACAUAUGAGGGAGGAAUCUCUCACACGUGGAUUUGAUCGAGACAUUGCAUUCAUCAUGGAUGACUUGCAAGGUGCCAUGUCUGACAGUGAAGCUGGAGGCCCCAACUGGAAUAUAGAAGCCUACCAUCUAAGGAGAGAGGACACAGACUGGUUUGACAAGCCAAGAGAAGGACAUCUUCACAGUGGAAAUGUAAUUGAUCGGAGACAGAUGAAACUGGUCUCCUACUCAUUCCCUCACACUUGUAUCAAGCUCAAAAGAGACCCAUUGGAUAUAAGGGUGUCAGGUAAUGGCCUUGGAGUCUGUGUUGUGGGGGGGAAAGAGAUUCCUGGUGGUCGAGGAGAGAUCGGAGCCUACAUUGCCAAGGUGGUUCCGGGGGGUCUGGCAGAACAUACUGGAAAAGUUGUUGAGGGAAUGCAGGUGCUGGAAUGGAAUGGAGUCCCUUUGAUGGGAAAGACUUAUGAAGAAGUGCAAAGAAUCAUGGGAGAACAAUGUGCAGAGGUGGAGCUCUGCCUAAGACUAGACUUAAACAUGCUGUCAGACCCUGAACAUCCACAAGUCCUGGAGCAUCUUGUCCAGCUCAAGGCUGGUGGUCUGCAGUCACCAGGAGUGGAUCCCAAUCAGUUGGCUGCGGAGCUGCAGAAGGUUUCCCAACAACAGGCUCCUAGUGGGGCCGGCAUUGUGCCUGGAGGUUUAGGAGUGCUUUCUGCAUUAGAGCGUUCUGCUCUUCUCUACUCUGGAACUGGAUCCGCUGCCUCCAGUGGAGUACCGAGCCCUGGUCGGCCAACAUCCCCAGCCAUCGACAAAAGGCAGCGUCACAAGGCAUCGGAAGUGAUGCGAAUGCCUCACCCUAUCACUGGAGACAUUCAGCUCCAGAUCAACUAUGAUAGGAACCUAGGAAACCUGAUCGUACAUGUCCUGCAGGCUAGGAACUUAACCCCGAGGGACGAUGACAGCUACUCUGACCCCUUUGUCAAGGUCUAUCUGUUGCCAGGGAGAGGUCAAGUCAUGGUUGUCCAGAAUGCAAGUGCCGACAACAAAAGAAGGACCAAAUAUGCCCAGAGGACCAUGAACCCAGAAUGGAACCAGACAGUCAUCUACAAGAAUAUUCAUCUGGAGCAGUUAAAGAAAAAGACACUGGAGGUGACUGUGUGGGACUACGAUAAGUCUUCUUCGAAUGACUUUCUUGGAGAAGUGUUGAUUGAUCUUUCAAACACUGCCCAAUUGGACAACACUCCUCGCUGGUUGCCCUUAAAGGAGCAGAGUGAAACUAUUGAGCAUAUUAGGGCCCACCCUGAUAUUCAAGGUCCUGGACAUGGACAAGGUCAAGGCCAAAUAUCAGGGCUUGGGAUGGGACCUGGACAUGGAUUAGGACCAAGUCAAGCACCAGGACAGGGAGAUGGAGGUCAGGAUUCACCUAAAAACUCUGUAAUAAAGAGCAGAAGUCAUGGGCUUUUCACUACACCAGCAAAAGACAUGCAGAUGCUGCCUUUAGAAAAGUCACACAGCAGCCCAGGCAGCUCCAAGUCUUCCUCUGAUGGCCAACUUCGCUCUCAUGGACCAUCGCGGAGCCAAAGCAAGAGUAGUGUCACUCAGGCCCACCUUGAAGACGCUGGAAUAGCCAUUGCUGCUGCAGAGGCUGCUGUGCAACAGUCUCGACUGCAACUAAGACCUGGACACCGGCUUGGGGAUAUCUCAGGGUCGGUUGUGUUGUCUGCUCCAAGCCUUGUUGGAGAUGUCUAUGAAGGUCUGGAUGGUGAAGAAGGUCCAGGCAGUGGUGUGGACAGUGCCAUUUUUCAAGUGCCACGAAUUGGUAAAACUAUGCCUACUGACACAAACAAAAACCUACUAGAAACUCCAGAGAAUGAAGCAGGAAAAACGCAAGUAAUGGGGGAGAUCAAGAUUGCUCUGAGGAAAGAGGUGAAGACAGAAGGAGACCAGCUGGUGCUAGAGAUUCUUCAGUGUAGAAAUAUCACCUACAAAUUCAAAAGCCCAGACCACCUACCAGACCUGUAUGUCAAGUUGUAUGUGGUGAAUGUGGCUACACAGAAGAAGAUCAUAAAGAAAAAGACCAGAGUUUGCAGACAUGACAGGGAGCCUUCUUUUAAUGAGACCUUCAGAAUCCCUUUGAAUCCAACUGGACAUGCCAUACAGCUCUUUUUGGUCUCUAACGGAGGCAAGUUCCUGAAGAAGACUCUCAUAGGGGAGGCAUACAUCUGGCUGGACAAGGUGGACAUGAGAAAGCGAGUCGUCAGCUGGCACAAGUUGAUCGUCAGCUCCACUCAGACCAACCCUUGAGCCGAGUGUGCUAAAUAAUCUCCCCCUGAUAAUGGGAGAUCAUCAAAGGAUAAAGCCAGAGUAAGAUACAAUUGAAACCA